CGGAAUUCUUUAUGUACCUAUUUGUUUGUAAUAAAGACUCGUACAACUUUAAUCUAAGUUCUAUUCGAUAUGUAUCAUAGGACCUGCUCAUAUUAACAUUUGUUUAUCGUAAGGCUUCUAACUUGAUGAUUAAAAAGCUUCUGUUAUUCUAAAUGUUUGAAAACGUGUUCAAUGUUAGUGUAGAUCUCGACGAUUGAAAAGAUCGACAUCUAGCGAAAAAAACAGUAUUUAUCGAGUGGUUGGAUAAUUAAUAACUGCCGUUUUUUCAUCUUGUUCAUUCUCCUAGUAUCAUAAUAGCUUUUAUAUUCUUUAAUAAAGUUGAUAUCGUUAAACCAAGAAUGUCUCUUGAACUUCACGAACGUUAUCGAAUUGUUUUUCUGUCAAAAGACGUUUAUGGUCCAAAAUUUUCUAUUAACCAAAUUGCCAAAGUUAUGAAAUGCAACAAAACUACUGUUAAACGUUGGAUUAAUCGAUGGAAAGAAACGAAAGAUCGUAGUGAUCGAAUGCGACAAGGAAGACUUCAGGCUACAACAGCUGAAACUGAUCAAUUAAUUGUUGACUUAGUGCAGGAGGAUAUUGAAGAAGGAUUAACCAGCAAACAUAUUCAACAAGAACUUCAGGAUCAAGGUGUAAAUAUUAGUCGUGCCCACGAAAAAAAUUUUUAUAAAAGUUUGCGUUUGAACGCCAAUUUUUAG